AUGCUAAGACCCGAUCUUGAAUACCAAAAUAUGUUUGAACUCUUCAAUCUUCCUUCUUUUAACUUUUUCCUCGAUAUCCCAAGCAGAACUUCUUCUUCAAGCACAGAAACUCAAGAUGUUUCAAAUUUCGAUCGCCAACUUGAGUCUCAUUUUGACCAGCUCUCAACAUCUUUUUCUUCACAAAAAGAUUUUCUUGAAGCUACCAAGCUGAGAAUUUCUAAACAAAAAAAGACCUUCAACGAAAUAGUCACUGAAAAAUGAGAAAAAAUUAACAAGGAAAAAGAGCUGUGAGAAGAAAAUAUUUCCAAGGCAGAAUCCCUAGCAAAAUUGUCAGAAAAUUUAAUAGAAAUCAAUAUUGGAGGCUCCCACUCGAUUAUAACCACUUUGGAUACUAUUAGGAAAUACCCAGAUUCUGCCUUAGCAGCAAUGUUUUCAGGUCGGCAUCAAUUAGCAUUGCAAAACGGAAAAGCAUUUGUGGAUAGAGAUGCGAAGCCUUUUUGCCAGAUGAUUGAUUUUUUGAGGACUGACAGAGCACCGAUUUUUAAGCACCCAGAAGAACAAAUCAGCUUUUUGGAAGAGCUUGAUUAUUGAGGAAUUUUACUCCCCCCCCCCCCCUCCGUGAGCGAACAAAACCAUUAGAAAAAUCGCCAUUUUUUGACCAAAAACCCACCCUCCGUGAGUGAACAAAAAUUUUUUUAAUAGAAAAAAUUUUAAUGGAAAAAAAUUUUGAUAUAUAAGUGAUAAUUAUUAUAAUGAAAUCUAGAGCUAAUUCUGUUUAAUUUUAAACAAAUUGCGUUUUUAAAACAUAAAUUUUGCAAAUUAAAUUAAUAUUUGCUUCCCAAUUUUUGCAAAUUAGGAUUUUUUUAAAUUUCGAAAAAAAUAUUUUUUAUAAAAUUUAUAUAUAAAUUUUUUUAAAAAAAAAAAAAUUAACCCCCUCCGUGAGCGAACAAAAUUUUUUUGUUCGCUCACGGAGGGGGGGGGGGGGAGUUAGAUAAAAAUCCAAUAAAAAAUAUUGACCAAUCUUGAAGGCAUUUCGACCCUGAAUGGUGUGCAAGUACUUUAACCCUCGAAAGUGACGCCACAGUUGUCAGAAAAAUCAGCUCUUCUCAUGGUAUCAUUUUUGGAGCCAACGCAAUGAGCGAAGUCUGCCCAUACGUCGAGCUAAACAUUUCUAUAGCAGAAUUCUCUAGUAAUGGCUCACAUAUUUUUAUCGGACUUGUCGACAAGUCAAAGUACCGUCUCAAUCAGCUUUUAUCGACCUUAUGAAGAGAUGCGCCAUCAAGCUGGUAUUGGGACGUCUGGAGCACCAAGCUGAUUAAAACUGACGAAAAUGGCUUCCACAAGGUAAUGACAGGUUAUGGCUGUGACUGUGAAGAUACAGAAACUGUUAUAGGAAUUUAUUAUGAUGAAAAAAACAGGACUAUAAGUUUUUUCAAAAAAGGGAUUUCUCAAGGAGUUGCCUUUACGGAGGUGCCGCCUGGGCUUUAUCCUUCUGUAGAUGUGUGGCUUGAAAGUGGGACUGUAACUAUGUUACAGACGAAGGUCCCGAAAAAUAUUAAACUAAUGUAA